CCUCAAAUAUAUUUCUCCAAUGACUUAUCUCCUUAUCUGCUCCUUUGUGUUCCACAUGUCCCCUUAAAGUUGCGACUAGGGGUUCACCAAGUGGUGCCAAUUCGCGAGAUUUCCGCGUUAGGGAAAAGUUGGCGCCGUCGCACGCAAGCCCGGGUAAGCCGCGCAACAGAAUUAGAAACACUGACCAUGUGCGCCGGGCCGUCCUGUCAUAUUAGAAUGGCUAUUGACGGUCAGUUGCCUUCUGCCUCCGCGUCGCACAGCCCCGCGGGCUUCUCUCGCCCCUCUCGCGGCCCGCCGUACUUUUCCCCAACUUCAACGAUCGAUAACCUCGGCUAUAACAGCGGUACCGAGGCCCAGUAUUAACAAGCUCAGCAGAUCGCACAAGCUUGGACAUAACUAAAGGAAACGAAUUCCGUCAUGGACCAACUUCUCGAUAGUCUGUCGGGUUUCACGGGUGGUGGGCCGUCCGCUAAUCCCUUGCUGAACGUUCGAAGCAGACAACGAGCCUCGAGGGCAUGCGAAACGUGCCAUGCAAGAAAAGUACGAUGUGAUGCUGCCACCCUUGGUAUACCAUGCACAAACUGCUCGGCAUUUGGCAUCGACUGCAAGAUCGCCGUCACCAGGAAAAAGGCGCAGUUGCAGAAGUCGAAGUCGUCAGAGAAUGAGGGUCCGCUCGUAUCUCCAGUAGAUGAGGUGAAUCGACAGCUAGGAGAGCAGUCGGGGCAAUCGACCCGGCGUACGUCUAUGGCGAGCUCUGCAAGGCCAUCCAUCUCACCGAAUACCUCAACGGACAAAGCAGAGCAUCUUCAGGCGAAGAAGGACAUGUCCGACAUCUACCUCGAGCAGAUACGAGAAGGCGUUGAUCGUGUCGCUAUCAACGACGCGGCAUUUUUGGGAGAGUCAUCCAAUCUGCACUUCGUAGAAGAGAAUUUCGUGGGUGCAGAUGGUAUUCACCCAGGGAAGGGCAACUUCUUCCCCAUUCCACCCCGCGCGCACAAACCCCCAGGCAACGUGAAACUCGUGAUCCUGGACGAAGAGGAGUUAAAUCAUCUCAAGUCUCGAGGUGUGUUCUUGAUUCCUCCCCGUGAUGUAUGCGAUGAUCUCGUCACCACAUACUUCGAACACGUUCAUGCGGCCAUCCCCGUCAUCAACAAAACGGAGUUCAUGCGCCGGUACAACGACCCAUCCCAUCCGCCUCCUAUUCUUCUUCUUCAGGCAAUAUUCUUCGUUGCUUCACGCAUGAGUGACCAUCCAGCGCUUCGCGAAGCAAGCACUGGCACUAACACCGCCUCUUCGUUUACCUUCUGGAAGCGUGCGAAACUUCUGUAUGACGCUGGUGCGGAGAAAGACAAGAUGGUUGUGCUGCAGGCACUCAUCCUCAUGAGUUUUCCAAGCUUGGAGACAGAUGAUGAAUGUGCAGAAACAUUGUGGCACGCGUUGGGGUUGGCCAUCAGACUUGCACAAGGCCUUGGCAUCUACCGAAAGCCGCCCCGAAACCUGUCUCUCACGGACCGGAGGCUGUGGAAGAGGAUAUUCUGGACAUUGUACACUCGCGACCGUACUCUGUGUGUUGCUCUCGGUCGUCCCUUGACGAUUCUCAUGGAAGAUUGCGAAGUGGAACCAUUACAGGAGUCUGAUUUCCUUGAAGAGGAAGUCGAGGAUCCAUUCUUGGAGUACCCACCCAAUCCGCAGCACACGCACUUUUUUAUGCAACACGUCAAAUUGUGUGAAAUCAUGGAAGUUGUCAUGAGAAAACAGUACACUGCUGGUUCUUCCCAGAAGCGAUUGCCGCCGGACAUCUCCAUCUCGGACCGUGCAUUGGCUACUUGGUUGAUGAACCUUCCCAAGGAGAUGCAGUACCCAUACACCCUGGAAGGAACGGAGCAGAAUCCUUGGGCGGCAUGCCUUCAUAGUACCUAUUACGGACUUCUUUGUCUGCUGCAUAGGCCGUACGUUACGAAGACCGCUCCGCCCAGUCACGCUAGCACUUCCUCACGCUACGUCGCUUUUAGCGCGGCCAACAUGAUUACGAGGAUCAUGGAGAACUUGUUGUCAUGUGGACGCAUCAAGUACGGUCAUUCAUUCAUCGUUUACGCAACCUUCUCAGCGAUGAUCUUUCAUGCAAUGGAGAUUCGGGCGCCAGAUACGCGUAUCUCAGAGGGUGCAAAGAAGAAGUUCUCUAUCUGUAUGAAGUCUUUGCGUGAGCUGUCGAAGGUUUGGGGUAUUGCCGCCAUCAUCUUCAGAUUGUUCGAAAUGAUUCAGGACACGCAGGAUUUGGAAAGCAAGAUGACUAUUGCUUUGCGGGCGGAUCCGUUCCAGAAUGCUUCGCAAACUCUGGCAGAAACCGCCCAACCGGCUCCGAAGAGGACAACAUCUCAAACUACUCAGGCUUCUGCCGCGGAUACUCAAGAGAUGUUGUCCGCUGAACCGCCACACAAACAUACCUCUCGUCCAAAGCCGCGGAGGCACGCUUCUGGGUCAGGUUCGGGUACUUCACCUUUGGCAUUUCAACAGCAGCAGCAGCAGCAGCAGCAUCCACAACAACAGCAGUAUACGACUGGGCAUAUUUCGCCGCAUCGUCAGCAUUCGCUGCAAUCCUCGUCUAGACCUCACUCUCACUCUGUCAGCAGCGGCGAAGGCUACCUUGCCUCGUUCACUUCAUCGCCGGGAGCAGGGCCCGGGGGCAUCAGUCCUCAGGCAGCUCAGCACCAACAGUCUCCUGUGCAGCAGCAGCAGCAGCAACAGCAGCAACAGCGGCAGCAAACCAUUGAUCCUGCAUCAUUCGCUACUGGGCCGCAAUUCGCUGAACCACCAAUAAUCAAUGCACCUAACACCCUCAAACUCAACCCAAUGGACUUCUACCUCGUCACCCAGCCCGUGGCAAUCCACCAGGACUUGUGGGAAUCGUUUGAACCAAAACAACAGCUCUUCCCCGACGCCGCUCCAACGCAAGAGUUCGAUGUCGCCAAAUCAAAUUCACAAUCCCCACAAGGGUUUGCUAUGCUCCGCCAAACCUGGAGUCAAGCAGGCUGGAACCCGGAGCGGGGGCAGGAGGGUUUGCUCAACCCGGAUCCUAUGCCAGCGUACGAGCAAGGGCAGUACAUCAUGUCUCCGCAGGAACAGCAGUAUAUGGCGCAACCGGAGUACUUUACAACGCAACCAUUGACAGGUACAAUGUACGGCCAGCCUGGUUUACCCGGAGUCCCCGCCAUUCAAGAGCCGAGAUCCAUGUCCGUAAGCAACCCCUCCUACAACCAAGGCAUGACCGGCAUGGACCAAUCACCUCAAAUGGGUGAAUGGUACCAACCCCAAGUACAAACCAGCACAGGCCAAAGUCCCGAAUCGUAUCGUAGCUACGGAAGCCAUCAACCGCAUUAAGGGGAUUGAUUUGUUCACAAAGCAGACUAUGUG